AUGGGAAACAGCGAGGAAACAAAGCCUACCAAAUCAGAUAUAUCUUCUUCACCUGCGGAUCAGACAAAUGUUCAUGUCUACCCUGACUGGGCAGCUAUGCAGGCUUAUUAUGGUCCAAGAGUUGCAAUGCAUCCGUAUUAUAAUUCAGCUAUGGCUGCUGCAUCUGGUCAUCCUCCUCCUCCUUACAUGUGGAAUCCUCAGCAUAUGAUGUCACCAUAUGGAACACCCUAUGCUGCGGUUUACCCUCACGGAGGAGGAGUUUACGCUCAUCCCGGAAUUCCCAUGCCUCAAGGUCAAAAGGGUACACCUUUAACAACUCCGGGGACGCAUUUGAGCAUCGAUACUCCUACUAAAUCUACAGGGAACACAGACAAUGGACUGAUGAAGAAGCUGAAAGAAUUUGAUGGCCUUGCUAUGUCUCUUGGAAAUGGGAAUCCUGAAAGUAAUGAACACAAACGCUCUCGCAACAGCUCUGAAACGGAUGGUUCUUCUGAUGGCAGUGAUGGGAAUACGACUGGGGCAGAUGAACCGAAACUUAAGAGAAGUCGUGAGGGAACUCCAACAAAAGAUGGGAAACAGUUAAUUCAAUCUUGCUCAUUUCGGUCUGUGUCUCCGUCAAGUGGUGAUAACGGCGUAAAAACUGUUCAAGGAGCUGAAGUUAUAGUCUCUCCUGGUGUAAGUGCAAAUUCAAAACCUUUCAUGUCACAAUCUUUAGCCAUGGUUCCUCCUGAAACUUGGCUUCAGAACGAGAGAGAACUGAAACGGGAGCGAAGAAAACAGUCUAAUCGAGAAUCUGCUAGGAGGUCAAGAUUAAGGAAACAGGCCGAGACUGAAGAACUUGCCCGGAAAGUCGAAGCCUUGACAGCCGAAAACAUGGCAUUACGAUCUGAACUAAACCAACUCAAUGAGAAAUCUGAUAAACUAAGAGGAGCAAAUGCAACCUUGCUGGACAAGCUGAAAAGUUCGGAACCUGAGAAGAGAGUCUCGGAGGAUUUGUUGUCUAGAGUUAAGAACUCAGGAACUGGAGACAAGAACAAGAACCAAGGUGACAGUGAUUCUAAUAACUCUACCAGCAGAUUGCAUCAACUCCUCGAUACGAAGCCUCGAGCUGAUGCUGUAGCUGCGGGCUAA